AUGAAGCUCUCUACCAUUAUGGGCGCCGCCAUGUUCGGCGCUGCCCUCGCGGCCAAGGAUUCCCGAACCUUCUCCGUCAUGCGCUUCAACGGCAAGGAGAUCUUCAACGGCCGUCUGGAUCCCAUCGUCAACCCAGGCACCACCUCCAUCCACGAGCACACCGUCUUCGGUGGCAGCGCUUUCGGACCCGACGCCACUGGCGAGUCACUCUCCCAGUCCAAGUGUACCAGUGCGAAGCUCAAGGGCGACAAGAGCGCCUACUGGGCUCCUAGGCUUUACUUCCAUGACAAGGCGGCAGGCACCUUUGAGGCUGUCCCCGUCUUUUACACCAACAUCUACUACUUCUUCGAGGCCACCGACGAUGAUAUCGUCGCUUUCCCCAGGGGCCUUUCCAUCCUUGCCGGCGAUGCCAGCACUCGUACUGCGCCCUCCACCGGUAGCAUUGGCAACCUUGAUCCCAGCAACGGCCCCGUCAACAACGUGUUGUGGACCUGCCCCAGGGCCAACUACGACACCCCGGCCUGGCCUGCGGGCUCCGACGGCACGACCGCUGGCAUUCAGGACCCCAACAACAAGGGCCAGGGCGUCGGUUUCCCCACCCAGUACUGCGACGGCUUCGCCUCGCCCCUCCGCGCCGACAUCCACUUUCCCUCCUGCUACAACCCCAAGGCCGGCCUGACCAACUACAAGGAGAACAUGGCCUGGCCCUCUUCCGAGGGCGCCAGCGCCGGCGGCCGCACCAACUGUCCCGAGGGCUACAUCCACGUGCCCCACCUCUUCAUGGAGGUCUACUGGGACACCCCCAAGUUCUCCGACCGCUGGACCCCCGGCAACGGCGAGCAGCCCUUCGUCCUCUCCAACGGUGAUGUCACGGGAUACUCCCUCCACGCCGACUUCCUUGCUGCCUGGGACGAGGACCUCCUCCAGAACAUCAUCGACAACUGCAACUCUGCUCAUGACGGUAUGGAGGCCUGCCCGGGUGUCGAGGCUCACAUCAACACGGAGGAGUGCGAGUGCGAGAACGCUGCCACUUUCCGCACCACCGGCUCCGGUGCCAUCUCUGAGCUCCCCGGCAACAACCCUCUCUCUGGCUUCUCGUACGGAGCUGCUCCCGCCCAGUCCUCGCCCGCACCUGUUGACACGCCCACCCAGAACUCUUCCGAAGAUGAGAGCUCCGAGGAGGAAACCGUUGAUGAUUCCGACGCCGAGUCGCAGCCUGAGCCCGAAUCGCCGGUCGAUGACUCUCCCGCCCCUGCUCCUGCUACCACUCUCGCUCCCAAGCCUACCAAGGACCCCCUCUGCGUGACGAGGACUAAGACUGUUGUCGAGACCGUCACCGUCUACGAGGAUGUCGUUCCUACUGAGGCUGCGAAGAAGCGACGACACAUGCACAUGCAUGCCGCUCGCCACGGUGCUCGCAUGAGCUAA